AACAGACGAAGAAAUUAAACAGUGACGCCACGAUCAACAGGAAGUUUCAACCAGCUUUGUUUACCAACUUCUCGCUCGUUGGAAUACUUUUCAGCUGUGUCAAGUUGUUUGCGUUUGACGUCGUGGCGUAUAGAAAUAGAGUUACAUUAUUUUCGUAUGCUCGAUUCGUCGGUGAGAUGUCGUUGAAUGCAGUAAGUUAGAUGCGUAUGGAGAGCGUAACGUUAAAGCAUGAGGAGGUCACUGUAUGUGUACAGUGAAUCAGCUGAUUAUUUCACGUGCUAACCACACUCAUGAUUUAUCUAGAUCGGUGUCGUAAUCAUGCGCAUCAUAUGCAUCUAAAUACAACCAUAGCAGUAAAACUGCUAAGAACUUGGCUUUUACCCAGCGAGUAAACUCGACUUGCUUCUUUAUUAAAGCUCAUGUAAGUGUAAGCAGAAGUGAAGAUGCCGUGCACGUGUGGAAACUGGAGGAGGUGGAUUCGGCCUCUGGUGGUGGUACUGUACAUCCUGCUGCUCCUGGUUGUCCUUCCACUCUGUAUCUGGGAAGUGCAAAAAUCACAGGCUGGUGCUCACAAUAAGGCGUGGUUCAUUGCUGGUAUAUUUGUGUUUAUGACUAUACCCAUCUCACUGUGGGGUAUACUACAGCAUCUAGUACAUUAUACCCAACCUGAGCUGCAAAAACCUAUUAUCAGAAUAUUAUGGAUGGUUCCUAUAUACAGUCUGGAUAGUUGGAUUGCGCUUAAGUAUCCUGGUAUUGCCAUCUACGUAGACACAUGCAGAGAGUGCUAUGAGGCCUACGUCAUCUACAACUUUAUGAUCUUCCUACUCAACUACCUGGGAAACCAGUAUCCCAGUCUGGUGCGGAUGCUGGAGGUGCAGGAGCAGCAAAAACAUCUCCCCCCUUUGUGUUGCUGCCCACCAUGGCCCAUGGGAGAAGUACUGUUGCUGAGAUGUAAACUGGGAGUUCUGCAGUACACGGUUGUGAGACCUGUCACCACAGUCAUUGCAUUGAUUUGUCAGCUUUGCGGAGUCUAUGAUGAAGGUAACUUCAGUUCUAAAAACGCCUGGACGUACCUAGUUAUCUUCAAUAAUCUCUCUCAGCUUUUUGCGAUGUACUGUCUUGUACUCUUCUACAAGGCUCUCAGAGAAGAGCUGAGUCCCAUCAAACCAGUGGGCAAAUUCCUCUGUGUCAAGCUGGUGGUCUUCGUUUCAUUCUGGCAAGCUGUGGUUAUUGCCCUCUUAGUGAAGGUAGGCGUAAUCUCAGACAAACACACCUGGGACUGGGAUAGUGUGGAAGCCGUAGCCACUGGAUUACAGGACUUCAUUAUCUGUGUGGAGAUGUUUUUGGCAGCCAUUGCCCACCACUAUAGUUUUACCUACAAGCCCUACAUACAGGAGGCAGAGGAAGGUUCCUGCUUUGAUUCCUUCAUGGCCAUGUGGGAUAUCUCAGAUAUACGGGCUGACAUCUCAGAACAAGUGCGCAAUGUUGGGAGAACUGUUAUGGGUCAGCCAAGGAAAGCAUAUUUUGGGGAAGAAGCUUACCAGGAUGAGAACACUGGACUGCUGUCAGCCGGUUCUCAUGACCCUGUGGUUGAAGCCUCCUCCACUCCUCCAUCACCUAAAGGCCGUUACCAAGGCAUGGGACACACUGUAACCCCCCACUCCGUUUCCGCUCCUGCUAACCUCGGAUCCGCACCAUGGGAGGGAGAUGUGGAUGACAUCACUCCUACCAUGCUAUCCAGCGAUCAUAUAGACCAACAUGGCUCAGACUAUGCUCCAAUCACUUAGCAUACCACAGGCUACAGCAACCAAAGCUGUUAUAGUUAAUGCACAUUUGCAGAGGCGGACAGAGUACACAGGUUCAUUACUUGAGUAAGAGUACAGUUACCCCUUGCUAAAUUUUACUCAAGUACAAGUAAAAGUACAGCAGUCAGAUGUCUACUCAAGUAAAAGUAAAAAGUACUUGUUUUUAAAAGUACUUGAGUAUCAAGAGUACAAGAGUACAUUUUUAAAUUUUGCAUUACUACUGCCACAGUGCACAUUGAACCAUGUGAGAUGAUUGACAGCUGUACAGCAAAUGAUAGAGCUCUGAGGUCAAAUUUGACACACAUCUCACUCCGUUCGCUCUUUGAGCUCUUCAGAUCGCAUAAUUCAGUGGAAAACAAAUAGAAAUCUUAUUCUGUAAGACUAAAUAUUUUACUAACAUGUGAUAAUUAAUCAUUAUUUCUUCAAAUAUGCGCACCAAUGUACUAAUAGCCCUGGCGGAUUCUGUAUAUUUUAUGUAUUUGAAUACAAAUAAACCGGAGAAGACGAGAAUAAAUGUUUAAUAAUAAUAAUAAUUUUUUAAUAAUAAUAAUAAUAAUAAUUUUUAUUUAUAUAGCGCCUUUCAACACCCAAGGUAGCUUUACAAGGAUAGUACAGGAUAAUCAUAUACAAACAUGAAAGUCAACAAAAUUAG